AUGAUUGGAAGCAUCGACUGCAUGCACUGGCAAUGGAAGAAUUGCCCAACAGGUUGGGCUGGAGAAUACAGCGGUCGAAAACGUGUGCCCACUAUCAUCCUCGAAGCAGUCGCUUCUUAUGACACAUGGAUAUGGCAUGCCUUCUUUGGAAUGCCUGGAUCAUGCAACGACCUCAAUGUCCUUGCUAAGUCCCCGUUGUUUGACGAGAUCACUACUGGUCGAGCCCCUCGGGUCCAAUUUCAAGCAAAUAACAGGAUUCACAAUUUAGGGUACUAUCUCGCUGAUGGUAUCUAUCCGCAAUGGGCGACUUUCGUAAAAUCAAUUUCAAGGCCUACACGACCGAAGGAUCUGAAGUUUUCCCAGGCUCAAGAGGGGUAUAGGAAGGAUGUCGAAAGAUGUUUCGGCAUUUUACAGUCGCGCUUUAGUAUUGUUUGA